AUGCCAAAUGUAAAAAUUAUAAAAAAAGAUAGAGAAAAGAGAAAAGAACGUGAACAAGAAAGAAUAUUUUUUAAAGAUAUGAUGGCAUAUAAAGAUCAAAUGAUAGAACAAAAAGAUGAAAAAAUACAUACUAUUAUUUAUGUUAAUUUUGUUACUUAUGAUUUUAAUCGUCAAGAUUUUGAUCAAUUAAUUCAAACGUAUUUUGAAGAUGAAACAACUUGUCCUUUUAUACAUAUUAUUUAUCAAUAUGAACGAAAUUAUAAUGUUUCUCAAGAACGAGAUUGUCAUAUACAAGGAUUUUUAUGUCUAAAGAAAAAAACUAAAUUUGAAGUUGAACAUGAUGUAGAACGUUUUUCUAAAUACGAAUUUAUUAGAAAUACAAUAUCAACUUCCAAUAAAAAACGAGUAACAAAUUGUCAAUGCAGCUAUGAAGAUUUAAAUGAUUUUUCAGAAUGUAAAUGGUGUACUUUGGAAUGUUGUUCUCAAC